GUUCAUAGUUCGCGUACCUUGAGACUAUUGCAUUUCCCUCUAAGUGUUGGCACUGUAGCCACUAUAGAGUCUGAAGAACAGAAACACCUGGAGAAAUCUGCGGAUGAGAUCAAGGGUUCCCUCUUUCGUCUUUGGCAGCACACCUCUAAACUAGAUUUAAAGAGCGAAACACAUUCAGUUGCCUCGUUUACCAACACUUCAGAGAUGAGUCUUUUUCGGCCAACAAUAUUUAGUAUGACUUUUAAAAAUGUAAUUAUCGCAAAUGUCAGACCAGACAAUGGUAUUGCUUGUAAAGGUUAUUGCACUUUCCUUGCCAUUCCAAAUACCCGGAGCGAGAGAAGGCUAACGUUGGGACCGUUCAAUUUCUAUAAUUCCUGGACAGCGACUGCGCAGCGUGAGUGGAGAGUUCUCUCAUCUUUGUCAACAACUAACAAGCAACAAUGUAACCGUUAUUUCGCGCAACAAUGUAACAGAACAUACUCAACAAACAACAACAUAUACGACGAAGCUUUCAGAACAGCGAGGGAUGACCCUGAAACGUUUUGGAGUGAAGCAGCACAGAAUGUCACCUGGUUUGAGCCAUGGAGCCGAACACUGGACAAUGGGGAUGCCAUAUUUCCAAAGUGGUAACUACUUACUUGAUUCGUUUAAGUGCAUCAAUACCAAUGAGGUGAACGGCAAAUACGGGUUUGUUGCAUAAUGGUAAAUACUAGUCAUAUUACAACCACUGGUAAAGUAACUGCAUUCACUGGCAGUGCAAGUAGGCUACUAUUAAUUACAUGGGAAUUGUCCUGCAUGUCAUUUUCUACGGCAAUUCAUUUCAGUGCAAUGUAGAAUUCACUGUCAAGAGUUUCUAAACCUAUAGGCGCAACAAUGCGAGACUUCCGGGAACGCUUGCAAAACUGACCAGGCCGGGGUUUGAGAUGUAAAUGAGAUAACUGAAAAAAUCUUCCUUAGUUGUUAAUUUUCUCGAAAUCUUAAGGCACAAAGUAGAUUCGAGCCAAUGUUAUUACUCCAACCUUGUGAAAGUGACAAACUGAAACGUUUUCAUUUUCGUCAAAAAUAUAUUGAAGGAGUGGCGUUGACGCCUUGCACAUGACGUGUUCUGUGCACUACCGCCACCUACCACAUUGGCGCUAUACAAUUUAUCCUACUACUUGAAAGCGUUAGAUGUUUGGACGAUAGGUUUAGGUACACUGUACAUACAGUUAGUCUAUGACUAUCCAAUAGUGAAAUAUCAUGCACUUGUACUUAAUCAUUAGAUAUUUUUUAAUGGUCAGAAUUAAUUGUGUGCACCAAGGUCACAUUAUUAAACCAUGCAUAGCCGUCCGAAGUAUUUGAUGGCUGACCACACAAGAUUAACCUUUAAUUCUGCAUGGUAAAUAUCCCCUAUGCUCUCUAGAUUGACCUCAGUGUUGUAAUAGUGUUAGAAUCAAGGCGUGGCUAGUGAGCAACUGUGCAUGAUGUCUCAUCUUUCUGUGUGGGUGCAUAAUUAAAACAACAGGAACCCAGACACCAUCUGCUUGUCUCAGCACCUCAGUACCUCAACAGAGCUCAUAAUGAGUUGAGACUCCCAUUUCAUCAAAAUAUCUGGCGUUGUAGACAGAUCCUGUACGUUGCAGGAAAAACCGACAUUUUUGUCUGUUCAGCCCUUAUCUUAUCAAACACGUUCUCUAAAUGUAGACCUAGCUACUGUGCUUACUGUUAGCUUUGUUAUUUCAUAACAUUGAUACAUCUAUAGUGAACGUAUUACAGUAGUUUUUUAAUGGCUCUUAAUGACAAUAUGCUGUCUCUAAUGUUGGGUUUUCUCUGUGUAAGGUUUGGUGGGGGGAAGUUGAAUGUUUGCCAUAAUGCAGUGGAUCGCCAUGUCGAGAGUGGACGGGGAGAUCAACCGGCCAUCAUUUAUGACAGCCCAGUGACUGGAACUAAGCAGAUAAUCACUUUUAGAGAACUACAGGAACAGGUAAUAAUCUUAACAAAACUUUUCACACUGUAGAUAUUUAAUUAGAAUGUAACCCCUUCCCCUCCUCUCUGCCCAGGUGUCCAGGCUGGCUGGGGUCCUGGUGAAACACGGGGUGUGGAAGGGCGACCUGGUGGUCAUCUACAUGCCCAUGGUGCCCCAGGCCAUGUUCACCAUGCUAGCCUGUGCCAGGAUCGGAGCCCCCCACAGCCUCAUUUUUGGGGGAUUCGCCUCCAAGGAGCUGUCUGUCCGCAUUGACCAUGCCAAGGUCAGCCUACCAUCAUAGCUUCACAUUGUGUCUUUUUAGUUUGAUGUGCUGGGAUUCCUUCGUAUUUUGCUACAUCAGUGAAAUGCAACAGUUUCAACAUAAUACUAAACAUGUCAAUUUAGUUUUAAAUGGACCAUGCACCCAAAAUAUAUUUAGGAUUGUCUCCACUGUCAGAUCUGUUUAAUGGUUGAAUGGUUAAGUGUGAAAUGUACAUGCCACAUUUAUAGGACCCUUUAUAGAAGAGUUGAUGGUCCACUUUCACAGUCACAUAGAUAGUAAUAUUACAGUAGAUAAAGGUCUCACUGAAGCCAAGUGAAGUAUUUUGUUGGAGGGAUUUCAUCAAAGCAGCAGGGGAUAUUAGCCAGUAUGCGACUCUGACACUGAAUUGGAUAUACUGAAAUCCUUUUAAGCUAUAUAAGCCAGACCUUAAAGCCGUUUAAGUUCUAUGCCUACAGUAUACAACCAUUCAGAGAGGAGCACCUCCACCAUGGCUGGGUAGAAUUGAUUAGCCUGUUUUAUAUUGGAUUAGAAUGAAUGAAAUAUUAGAGACACUCAUUCUAUGUUGAAUGAGACAGUAAUUUCAGAUCCCUUAUUACAUUUGAUUAGUGUGCAAAUAGUAAUUGAGAGGUAAAAUCGGUCAUAUUGACUUACAGUACAUUACAUAAUCAGAACAUGGCCUUUCAGAAUGUUCUAAAGUACAUUUCAGACUAAUGCAUUUGUUAAACUGUGUUGUAUCACAUCUCUUAGGUCUUGUUUCGUUUGUUAUUUUUUAAGAGGCACCACUAACACACUGUGUGAAUGCCGUGUCUUUCAGCCCAAGAUGAUAGUGACGGCCUCCUUUGGCAUUGAGCCUGGCAGGAGAGUGGAGUAUAUCCCCCUGGUAGAGAAAGCCCUGGAGCUCAGCUCUCACAAUCCCUCCAAGGUCCUCAUCUACAACCGGCCCAACAUGGUGAGGCCCAUAGAGAUAGAAUACUGUUCUAUGUUAUGCUGUGGUAAGGCCUAACUCACUAACGUCAACUCUCUCAGAGAGAUGCCUGUCAUUUCCCAAAGACAAUAGCUCUGUUGACAUGCAAUAGUUUUACAUUAUCCUCUCUAGCGGUUACGUAAUGCUAUUACUUCCUGAAUAGACCACGAAUCCGAUUCCAGUGUAUAUAAAUCAGAUUAUUUCAGCCGUGAGUUUGUAUGGAGUUAUGGAUGGUUCGACAGAUCUGUCGCUCCUAAACAGCCUGUUGAAACAAAGGUGGGAGAGAGAACCGGUGCACAUGAGGUGUGUGAGUCAAUGCUCAGUGAAUGAAAAUGCAAAUGUGUGUGUUUUUUCCCCCCGCUGUGGGACUGAAUCAUGCAACGCUGAGAUGGGUUCCAGGCCGUGGUGGGGAGCUUGGCACAGGGUCAGAGUGAAACCAGGCUGAACCGGUAGCAUAAAAUACAGUCAAUUUCCUCCAAAACAGCCAGCAGCCAUUUACAGUAAUGUGUUGGCACUCCAGCAAACUGAAAUGAGUUUCUUCUCAACUCGUACAUAAAAACAGCCGAAUCUGUGCUCAGGGAAAUCAAUCUAAAAAUGCUUUGCCAGGUAUUGCAAUCACUCUCCUCAGGUAAUCUUUCACGUCUAUUCUAUUAGUACCACUUACAGUGGGGAGAACAAGUAUUUGAUACACUGCCGAUUUUGCAGGUUUUCCUACUUACAAAGCAUGUAGAGGUCUGUAGUUUUUAUCAUAGGUACACUUCAACUGUGAGAGACGGAAUCUAAAACAAAAAUCCAGAAGAUCACAUUGUGUGAUUUUUAAGUAAUUAAUUUGCAUUUUAUUGCAUGACAUAAGUAUUUGAUACAUCAGAAAAGCAGAACUUAAUAUUUGUUUGCAAUUACAGAGAUCAUACGUUUCCUGUAGGUCUUGACCAGGUUUGCACACACUGCAGAAGGGAUUUUGGCCCACUCCUCCAUACAGACCUUCUCCAGAUCCUUCAGGUUUCGGGGCUGUCGCUGGGCAAUACAGACUUUCAGCUCCCUCCAAAGAUUUUCUAUUGGGUUCAGGUCUGGAGACUGGCUAGGCCACUCCAGGACCUUGAGAUGCUUCUUACGGAGCCACUCCUUAGUUGCCCUGGCUGUGUGUUUCGGGUCGUUGUCAUGCUGGAAGACCCAGCCACAACCCAUCUUCAAUGCUCUUACUGAGGGAAGGAGGUUGUUGGCCAAGAUCUCACGAUACAUGACCCCAUCCAUCCUCCCCUCAAUACGGUACAGUCGUCCUGUCCCCUUUGCAGAAAAGCAUCCGCAAAGAAUGAUGUUUCCACCUCCAUGCUUCACGGUUGGGAUGGUGUUCUUGGGGUUGUACUCAUCCUUCUUCUUCCUCCAAACACGGCGAGUGGAGUUUAGACCAAAAAGCUCUAUCUUUGUCUCAUCAGACCACAUGACCUUCUCCCAUUCCUCCUCUGGAUCAUCCAGAUGGUCAUUGGUAAACUUCAGACGGGCCUGGACAUGCGCUGGCUUGAGCAGGGGGACCUUGCGUGCGCUGCAGGAUUUUAAUCCAUGACGGCAUAGUGUGUUACUAAUGGUUUUCUUUGAGACUGUGGUCCCAGCUCUCUUCAGGUCAUUGACCAGGUCCUGCCGUGUAGUUCUGGGCUGAUCCCUCACCUUCCUCAUGAUCAUUGAUGCCCCACAAGGUGAGUUCUUGCAUGGAGCCCCAGACCGAGGGUGAUUGACCGUCAUCUUGAACUUCUUCAAUUUUCUAAUAAUUGCGCCAACAGUUGUUGCCUUCUCACCAAGCUGCUUGCCUAUUGUCCUGUAGCCCAUCCCAGCCUUGUGCAGGUCUACAAUUUUAUCCUUGAUGUCCUUACACAGCUCUCUGGUCUUGGCCAUUGUGGAGAGGUUCGAGUCUGUUUGAUUGAGUGUGUGGACAGGUGUCUUUUUUAUACAGGUAACGAGUUCAAACAGGUGCAGUUAAUACAGGUAAUGAGUGGAGGACAGGAGGGCUUCUUAAAGAAAAACAAACAGGUCUGUGAGAGCCGGAAUUCUUACUGGUUGGUAGGUGAUCAAAUACUUAUGUCAUGCAAUAAAAUGCCAAUUAAUUACUUAAAAAUCAUACAAUGUGAUUUUCUGGAUUUUUGUUUUAGAUUCCGUCUCUCACAGUUGAAGUGUACCUAUGAUAAAAAUUGACAGACCUCUACAUGCUUUGUAAGUAGGAAAACCUGCAAAAUCGGCAGUGUAUCAAAUACUUGUUCUCCCCACUGUAUGUUUGGAAUGUAUCAGAAUGUCUGGGGCUUUGCACCCAGACCGUGAGUGCUGCUGUGUUACCUUUAUGUUCAAUUACCCUAGUAGCUAUUUUUGAUUAUGCAACACAGGGAGGAAUACUUUUAAGGUGAUACGUUGUGUGUUGUCAUGGAAACUGUCUGAGCAAAUCACUACACCUCCCCUGUUGAAGAAUAGUGAGAAUAUGAGAUGCACCCCCUUUUUUUUGAGUCGUCGGUAAAUUGCCCCUCUUAUGAAACUUAAACCACUUUAGUAAUCACUAUGAAAAGGCACUUGUUGAUUUGUGCACAACUAAUGGCUCUGUUUUAAUCUGUAUUUUAUGUCCACAUGGUAAAAAUGAUUUGAAUGUGUCUCUCUUGAAUAUGUCAUGGAAAUGAAUGCAUCUCUCCUGGUUGAUUGUCUGCAACAGGAGAAGGUGUCCAUGCAUCCUGACCUCAGUCUGGACUGGGAGGAGGAGAUGUCCACUGCACGUCCUCAUGACUGUGUGUCUCUCCCUGCCAGCCAUCCUCUAUACGUCCUCUACACGUCUGGGACCACCGGCACUCCUAAGGUAAACCACUCUGACUAGACACAACACAUGUUCAUUACUGGAAGGAGUGUAAAGUCCCACCGGGAACAGACAUCAGUUCAAUGUCUAGGUUUGAUUUACAUUUGGUUGAGUUGUCAACUAACGUGAAAUCAACAUGAAAUCAACAAAAAAUGUCACCAUGUCAUUGGAUUUAGGUUAAAAGUUGGGUGAAUAAACAUAAGAAAUUCCCUUACAUUGAUGACUUUUUUCAAAUCCAAUCUGUUUUCCAUUUUGAUUCAACGUCAUCACAUUGCAUUUUUGGUUGAAAUGACAUGGAAACAACGUUGAUUCAACCAGUUUUUGCCCAGUGGGGUCUGACGACUUUUAUCACAAAGAAACCAGUCAAUUUCACAGUUUAAUGCAAGAGAUGAGUAUCAUAUGCUGCAGUAUACUUUCUAUGGCUCUGCAAAUGUGAUUACAGUUCAUUCUAAACUUUACCACCAUGAGAUAGAUGAGACGGUGUUUAAACCAGAAACGGUAGUACUGAAUAUGAGGUGAACCAUGCAGGAGGUUGAAAAAUUGCCCAGAGGCGUAUCUAAAUUGGAAAAACACAGCUCCAGAUAGCUCCCUUUGUCUUUGGCACCCAGGUAAUAUGAAAUAUCCACCCGCUGGCGAGGUCCUCCAUUAUAGCCUGCUGUUCUCUCAGACUCAUAGUCACCAGUGAGAUCUAUGGAGGACACAGCUGAACUCAUACAGGUUAUAUUACCAUACAUGUUCAAAAACAUAGCAAAGAUGGCCUGACAAAAUAGUUGCCUUGAAAAGGAAAAUAGUUUUUUUUCAGAGGUGAUUUAUACAAGGGUUUGAUGUAAAAUAAAAAACUAAACCUGUUGAGAGCUUGUUGCAUUCGUCUUGCAUCAACAUUCGCCUCUUUUCUACGUCUCCCCCCUCAGGGCGUUGUUAGGGACACUGCUGGGUACGCUGUGAUGUUGACGUGGACCAUGACAAACAUUUAUGCCCUCAAGCCUGGUGAAGUAAGUCAAUGUGAAACAUCUCCAUGUGUUCUUUAUUAUUGUAUUACAGAACAUAUACCAUAUGCAUGCACAAACAUAGUACAGUAUGCAUUCUCUCAUCUUUCUCUGCCUACUCUGCUAGGUAUGGUGGGCAGCGUCUGACCUGGGCUGGGUAGUGGGCCACUCCUACAUUUGCUAUGCCCCUCUCCUCCACGGCAACACCACCAUUCUAUACGAGGUAUGUACCGUAGCCUACAGUAGGCCUACUAUAAUGACGUGAACGGGUCGCUAUUGGUCAAUUGACUCCAGAAAAACAAGCAAACUCAACUUUCUCAAGGUCUUGUCCCUUUCACUCAGUGAUUCCAAAUGCUUCACAGAUCACUCUAUUUAAAGAUAAUGAGUGCAAGAAAAAUGGACUCCUAAUGACGCAUGAUUAUAUGUGGUUUCAGACGACCGGCCUCUUGAUAUUCAUGCGCAUGAUCAUCAUUGCAAAUUUACCCCGGCCUCAUUAAACCAAUAUUCACUGGCUCGAAAGGCCCAGUUAGGUUGGUUUGUGGAAGUUAUUUGUAUGAAGAGCUGCUGGUGAUUCUGCUGUGUUUGUGCCCUGGGCAAAUGACCCCUGGGGUUGGGAGAGAGGGGUGGGGAGGUAGGACUGCACAUGGAGGCUAUCCACCUCAUUAGCCUUUUGGUCUCUGUGGCUGCUGUAGGAUUGGUGGUGGGGGUUGAAUUCAUCAGCCAAGCUUUAACCAAAGCAUGUUGUCUGUGGCUGUGUUUGUCUUGUGGAAUGCACUGCUCCUGUCUACCAUGCUCCACACAAGACCUUCUGUCGUCUCACUGAUCAAUACACAGUCACAAAUAUUCACAAGGCCCUCGGGUCUGUUGUUGUUUUCCCAGCUCAUUUUAAUCUGGCCCUCUCUCUCUCUCUCUCUCUCACACACCUCUCUCUCUACUUACUGUAGUAGCCACCUCGCCGACUGAACCUUUAGAGAAUUAAUAUCGGUUCCGCUCGACCAUGGGCUCUUCCUCACUACGACUUUUGUUGGUGCACAAUACUUUCUCAAUAGAGUAAUCGUGUUAUUUUCAUCAGUUUCAGCUCAUCUGUCUGCAAGGCUGAGCUCCAAAUAUAAUUUUGUCUCUUCAUUCUGUUCGCAGAGUGAAAGUGUUAAUGUAGUGGAACGUCACUUUUCACUGCGUAGGACUGCUCACUCGCCUUCCUCUCUUUCCAAUAGGAACAAAACUUUAUGGCCUUAGCACUGUUCUUCUGUUUGAUAGUUGGCUGGCUGUGUCAUUACUACCGCAAGCUUUUGUAAAAACAGCUUGCUCUGAAUGUGCCGCUACACUUCAAUACCCAAUUGGCGUGCUCAUGUAAGCUUAUGUCCUCAGGCUGUUUGGGUUUGUAACAGAUCUCUCUCUCUCUCUCUCUCUCUGCAGGGCAAGCCUGUUGGGACGCCGGAUGCCGGGGCGUUCUUCCGCGUCCUGUCAGAGCAUGGUUGUUCCUCCAUGUUCACCGCGCCCACUGCCAUCUGAGCCAUCCGCCAGCAGGACACCCAGGCUGCCAUGGGGGCAUCAGUACCCCCUCACCAGGUACACUCACCACCCAAUCCCCACAUACUGACAUAACACUGCAGAGAUGGACCAUUCAACAACUGUCAUGGCUAGCUCUGUUUUGUAGCUUUUCUGCCCACUUGAAGUAGGCCUACCCUUUAUUCCCAAUAAAGGAGUGUUUUCCUAUUAACGUCCAGGGACUGGAUACCUUUCAUCCAUAUCCAGUGUUGUCCCCCACUGGGUGAAGGUUUUGGCGCUGCCUGCCCACUCUCUUGUUAGUCUCUGUCCAUCUGCUGGAGCAGUGUCCCUGCCAUGCCCAGGCUCAUCACUCAGGACCUGUGUUCUCAUUUAGACCUGAUUGAGGUUUAAUCAGGAUAGAUAAAACACAGUGGCAGGGCAUUCAUUCCUAUUAAAUCAUUCUGUGCUGCUGCCACGCUGCUAAACACACAGGGAAUCACUGAGUGCUGUAGAGAGCCCCAGGCAACGCCAUCUUUGAUGGUGCCUGGUUCCAUGGACUGAAGUGAUUGUUAUCCCCAUGGGAAAUGUCAUAAUUUAUAUUGAUAAUAAAUCUGUUGAAAAUACAGUUUUGGUUCCUUAAUAUUUUGAAACAGUAUCACAGUCGAGCAGGUAUAAUGUGAAAAUAGAGGGGAAGUGGUGAUAACUCCACUUAUUUAGAUUUUUCCCCACACCUGUUGCACGCAGUCAUAAAGCAGGGGUCUUUGACCUUUGGUUAUAGUUUGCCAUUUAAUCAUCUGUAUGUGGGGAAUUUGAAGGUAUUUUGUGUGCUGUUUGUGAACAGUGUUUUGCCUCGACUGCUCCAGCCAGACCUGAGACACAAAUCCCAAAGGGAUUGAAUUCAUUGUUUUCCCUGGACUUUAACAUGACAUUCUUUCUGCUAGUUGUUAUGAUGGACUAUGCUUCAGUUGUUGGUUUAGUCAUGUGCCAUGCAACAUCUUUCCAUGACUGUCUUUCUCCCAUAGGGAGCAGGUUAGUGAAAGACUACUGCAAUUCACUGAGAGAGAAUUGAGGCACAAACACAACAACAGCAAUGAAAUAUAGUUUGUUUCCAGAAUCCAGACAGACUCAGACAGUAGUUGAAUAUCCGGUUGACCUUUGUGUUUCCUUGCCUGGAGACAAAACAGACAACCAUCAAAUGUAUUCUUCUCACUCCUCUACUACCAAACAGGAAGCAGCAUUAACAGUCUGGGGGCAGGAAGCAGCAGACACUAAACGUGUUAUUUGACAGCUCAGGAAAUUGGAUGUUCUCAGUGAAUGUAAAAAGAACGCAGUCCAGUAAAGUUGAAUAAAAUAGCAAAUAAUGUCAAUUAAAACGUCAACUCUAUUUCCCCUCUUUCUCAUGAAUUGAUUAUAAACUUGUAGUUUGAAUUGAAAGGCAAGCGUUUUGAGAACACAUCAUUAAGUAUUAAGACACUCAAAUGUUCCUCAAAGGACUCUUGCCUUAAUUCACGCGUGGAUGGUUGCUCCUAUGAACUGGUUGUUGCUGCUAUCUCCUCAGUGUAUAUUGCACCACUAUCAGUAGGCCAUAGAUAGUUCAGUAGUAAUAUGAUGUGGGUGCCGUAGCCCAGGGGUGGAUAGCAUAUGAAAUAUUCAUCACUCUCGCUCUCUGAUAAGCUCACUGCAGUAGCCUCUUCUCAGCUCCUAGCUCAGUUACGCCACAUGCGUAGCUAAUUGCACCAAUUCCUGUGCUAAAAUAUAUCACAGAGCCCAUAGUAAUUAUUGCCGCCUGUGACACAGCCUGGGGAGAAGCCACUGCCAUGGACCAGAGCUAAUAGGGUCUCCGGGUACAGAGGGUCAGUGAGGUAGAGUAAACACUUCAAACUUAGGCUUUAUUACACAAUUUACCAACAUAAAUGAGGUUUUAUUACAUCACUUACCAACAGAAAUGCUUACAAAUAAGAAAUGUAAAGUAUUUCUUCAAAUAACAAAGGUUAUCUUAAACUGAGCAUCUUUCAGCCCCAACCUGUCUGCUGCUAUCUCCAGUCAUCUCCCUCGAGUGCGAGCAGCAGCAGCCUAAUCAACUGUUGGGACUGAUUGUCCAGCCAAGCACACACUUGAUUGACUUAUUAUCCUCAGCUGGACUCCAUUAGCCUCCCAACAGGGAAGGUGCCGGAAAGGCGUUGGGAGGAUAGAUAGGUCCAGUACAGUAGGUAGCGGUGUAUGCACCUGUCAGUUGGUUGCGAUUCGCCCAAAAAACAAAGAAGAAGAAGGCGCUGGAAGGGCACGGCAAGAGUGCUUGCCUCCUCCAGGGCCACAAAGCCAUUAUGAAUGCACUUUCCUAUGUGCUGCUUUUCAGAAAGUCAGAUUUGCCUGUGUAGCACUUUCCAAGUGUUGCAAGGUGCAGACGUGCCAAAACCAUAAAAUUGCAAUUUUCAGGCCAGUAUUUCAUCCACUCUGGGUACUUCACGAUGACUAUUGUUAUUACGACACAUGAGUUGCUUCCGUGGAAUGGUUCUGCACUGUAAUGGCCUUGGAGCAUUAUCAGCGAGCUUGAGCGAUUUCACUCGUCACCCCAGAUGUCAGAAAAAUAAUAGAAAAGCGGGUUUGGAGCUCUCUGUAGGAGCAGCGUCUUGCUGUACUGUUCAACCCACCCAGAUGAACAAUUACAGCACCAUGGAGCAAGCACCAUUUCAUAGCCCUUAUUAACAUAGCCCGGAGCACUAACUCAAAAUGGGUGACAAAGUUCAUGACUUCAGUCAAUAACAUUUUCCAGCUUGUAGCACCAGGAAGCUUGGCUCACUGACUUCUGGCUUGUGACUCACUCUGCCUGUUUGCUUAACAUUUGCAGGAUUUAUAUCAUGCAGUACUUGGGAUAUCAUGUGCCAUCUUUCAAGGAAUAUAUGUGCGGUUGAUAUACAUUCUCAUUGCACAUACGCAGCCACACACACACACAAGCACACACACAUACACACAAGCACAUGCACACUAAACACAAUUAUGGGGGCGAAUGUUUCCACUCAUUGUUGUUAAUGAGACGCAAACUUCCCCAGUGGGACUAUGUUAGGUAUAGUACUGUGGGACUAUUGUUGCCUGUCCAAGGCUGAAUCUGGGCCUCUAAAGAUAUGGAGAAAUGUGCUAGGCCUUCACCCACCCACUUGUAUGAAUUACACACAGAUCCAACCAUCCAAGGCUGCCUGUCUCCCCCCUCCCCUCCCAACAUCUGUGGUCAGAUUGUUCCAGAGUAGGAGCAGGGAACUCAGGGCAAGGUGACACGGGUGAAAUUUAAAUUUAAAUUGGCGUGCUGUGUAGAAUAUGGAGCGAAGAGCAGCAGAGUGAUUCUCUGGAUGUUAUGUAGAGAUAUGUGACCCUGCUUCUUCUACCCAUUCUCAUUUAGAUUACACCAAGACCCUCACCCUGACCCAGAUAACAGACCAAUCAGAGGAGGAUGGUGGGAGAAGCUAUAGGAGGACAGGCUCAUUGUAAUGACUGGAAUGGAAUGUACAGCAUGGAACGGAGUCAAACAUGUGGUUUCCAGAUGUUUGAUACUGUUCCAUUGAUUCCAUUCCAGCCAUUACAAUGAGCCCAUCCUCCUAAAGCUCCUCCCACCAGCCUCCUCUGAGGCCUAUGUGAAUUAGAAUUCCUUGAGUUGUUAUGUGUGGAACGAGGCCAUGGAAACUGUAUGGCAGCAAGUGAAGUCUUCUCUGCUUUAUCAGACCAUGUCAAGGUCCCUGAGUGAAGAUUAGCAUGGCUUUAUCUGUAUAACCACAGCUGGAGGGGGAUUUUUACUUACUCAGAUCAACAGAAACAAUAUGGGCUGUUUUGUGUACACGUUUUUGUGCAAGUUUGAGACUCGUAAGGCAAUUAUUGUCUAAUGGGAAAACUCUAGCUUAUUGUUCUAUUCACCCUGCCACUGGCGCAACUCACUUUUAGAUUACUUGAAAACACUUCAAGGGAAACACUGGUAGGGAAUCAUUGUUGUGUUAAGAAAAUUGUAACAUUCCUUGGCUGUUAUAUUGUUUGGGUGAUUCGAGCUGUGAAUGCUGAUUGGCUGAAGCUGUAGACCAUAUAUCACGGGUAUGACAAACCAUUUAUUUUUACUGUUCUAAUUACGUUGGUAACCAGUUUAUAAUAGCAGUAAGGCACCUCUGGGGUUUGCGGUAUAUGGCCAAUAUACCAUGGCUAAGGGCUGUAUCCAGGCACUCCAUGUUGCGUCGUUCGUAAGAACAGCCCUUAGCCAUGGUAUAUUGGCCAUAUACCACACCCCCUCGGGCCUUAUUGCUUAAUUAUAGAUCUACCACUACUCUGUUACACUGUACUGGCCUAUAGAGCUUGACUGUUUUCUCUGCUCCUCCAGAUUGAAGAGCCUUUUCUUGGCUGGAGAGCGCUGUGACGUGGAGACUCUGAACUGGGCCAAAAGGAGCUUUGGCGUUCCUGUACUGGACCACUGGUGGCAGACU